AUGAGGCCAGCUCAUCUGUAUCAGUAUUUGGAAGCAGUUCACUGUGGCAGUUUUUUUGGUGGACAGUUUAUGUCCCAUUUUUCUCGUACACCUUUCUCCGGUACGCCAGCUGAGGAGAAAUUUUGCCUGGCAUCAAUACAGCUGAUACGAUCGUGCGAUACAAUCACGGACCUGAUGUUCGUAGAUUUUGAGCAUGAUCGCGAUUUUUUCGCCGUGCGAUUUGCCAUUUCAGAGCCAUUUCCACCAAAAAACAAUGUCAACCAAGAAAACGGCAAAGUGCGGUACACACCCGUAUCAAUAGUUACAAUGAAGGUAAGAUACGUUGCAAUUCGUCGUGUUUUGGUUGACUUGCGAGCCAUAUGGCCCGGCCCCGGCUACUUGAGACGGAUCUAUUUUCAUCUGAACUUUCCACCGGAAAUACGAAGGUAG